AUGGGGCGAGGCCGUGCCACUCCCACAUCGAAAUCUGCGCGUCGCUCGGUUGCUCGGGCUCCAAGUGCAUCCUACGCUCGCCGGCAUCCCAUGAUUACUCGAAGCAAAACUGUCCAGGUUGCCACACGCGUUAUUUCGGACCCCACGCCUCUUUCUGCCCCCAAUGCCACUGAUGUGGACUCUGCUAUCGCUUUCAAUGCCGACGUCAUUAAUGUUUCACCACCACUUGACACAAUUUCUCCUACCCCAUUAUCCAUCGCCGAUCCUAUUUCCUCGGAUGAUCCAACUCAUCAUCCACUGACUGACGAAGACGAUCGUGAUGACGAGUUCCACGACGAAGUGCGGAUGUAUCUUGACUACUCAUCUGAUAUAUUGAGGGCCCAGGCUGAAGAAGUUAAGUUGCUUCGUCGGGAAGUUGCUUCAGCCCGCGAAGAAAAGGCUGUCUUGAAAAACAAACACGCGGCGGACGUAGCCGCUAGAGAAGAGGAGUACCGCUGCCCGAUUUGCUAUGAAUUAUUGUGGGAUCCGUAUGUGUGA